AUGGAAAGACUUAGUCCGGCACAGCGUCUACAAAUUAUUCAACUUUAUUACGAAAAUCAGCGUUCUACGAGGGCUGUUUUUCGUAAGCUUAGAGAAACUUAUGGUCCGCAUGAUCGGCCUACCGAACACACAAUUCGUUAUACAAUUGUAAAAUUUGAAACCCAAUUUUCAUUAUUGGAUAACAUACGGCUAAAUAGGCCGCAUCCAGCACGUAGUGAAGAAAAUAUAACGGUGGUAGCUGGAAGUGUACGCGAUGACCGUAAUGAAUUGAUUCGGCGCCGUUCUCAACAGCUUGGCUUGUCGUAUGCAACAACUUAGCGUAUUUUACAUAAGGACCUUGGUUUAAAAACAUACAAAAUUCAACUCGUCCAAGAAUUGAAGCCGGCUAACCUUCCGAAUUGUCACCGUUUUAGUGAAUGGGUUCUUGAAAAGAUUGAAGAAAAUCCACUGUUUUCGACCAACAUUUUGUUCAGCGAUGAGGCUCAUUUUUGGCUUAAUGGUUACGUCAAUAAGCAAAAUUUCCUUAUUUGGACUGAAGAGUAA